AGAAGGUAAUGCAGGAUGACGUCUUCACCUGUGACCUGUUCCGUUUCCUCCAGCUGCUCUGUGAAGGUCACAACUCAGACUUUCAGAAUUACUUGAGAACACAGACAGGGAACAACACUACAGUCAACGUCAUCAUCUCUACCGUGGACUACCUUCUUAGAGUUCAGGAAUCAAUCAGUGAUUUCUACUGGUACUAUUCGGGAAAGGACGUCAUUGAUGAACAAGGACAGAGAAAUUUCUCCAAGGCAAUUAACGUCGCGAAACAGGUCUUCAAUACACUCACAGAGUACAUACAGGGACCGUGUACUGGGAACCAGCAGAGUUUAGCUCACAGCCGUCUGUGGGACGCUGUCGUUGGCUUCCUCCAUGUCUUCGCUCACAUGCAGAUGAAGCUAUCACAGGACUCGAGCCAGAUAGAGUUGUUGAAAGAGUUGAUGGAUCUGCAGAAAGACAUGGUUGUGAUGCUGCUGUCCAUGCUGGAAGGCAACGUGGUCAACGGAACCAUCGGGAAGCAGAUGGUAGACAUGUUAGUAGAGUCCUCCAACAACGUGGAGAUGAUCCUCAAGUUCUUCGACAUGUUCCUUAAACUCAAAGACCUGACGUCGUCCGACGCCUUCAAGGAGUACGACCCGGAUGGUAAAGGGGUCAUCUCCAAGAGAGACUUCCACAAAGCCAUGGAGAGCCACAAGCACUAUACCCAGUCUGAGACGGAGUUCCUGCUCUCCUGUGCCGAGCCUGAUGAGAAUGAGCUAUUGGACUACGAGGAGUUUGUGGAGCGUUUCCACGAACCGGCCAAAGACAUCGGCUUCAACGUGGCCGUCCUUCUGACCAACCUGUCGGAACACAUGCCCCACGACACACGCCUGCAGACCUUCCUGGAGCUGGCUGAGAGUGUGCUGAAUUACUUCCAGCCGUACCUGGGCCGUAUCGAGAUCAUGGGCAGUGCCAAGCGCAUCGAGAGAGUCUACUUCGAGAUCAGUGAGUCCAGUCGUACUCAGUGGGAGAAGCCUCAGGUCAAAGAGUCCAAACGCCAGUUCAUCUUCGACGUAGUCAACGAGGGCGGGGAGAAAGAGAAGAUGGAGCUGUUCGUUAACUUCUGCGAGGACACCAUCUUUGAGAUGCAGCUGGCCGCCCAGAUGUCCGACAUCGGGGAACGGUCGGCCGUGAAGGAGGAGAGCGAGAAAGAGAAACCGGAAGAGGAGAGCCCUGAGAUGGGCUUCUUCUCUGUGACCACGGUCCGGACCGCCCUGAUGGCUCUACGCUACAACGUCAUGUUCCUGAUGAAUGUUCUGUCCAUGAAGAGUCUGAAGAAGCAGAUAAAGAGGAUGAAAAAGAUGACAGUGAAGGACAUGGUGAUGACGCUGGUCUCCUUCUAUUGGUCCGUCAUCAUGGGCCUGUUCCACUUUACCUUCAGCGUCUCCAGAGGGUUCUGCAGAAUCAUGUACAACACCUUCCUAGGAGGCAGUCUGGUGGAGGGAGCCAAGACUAUGAAGGUGUCUGACCUGUUGGCCAACAUGCCUGACCCAACCCAGGAUGAGGUUCGAGAGGAGGGGGAGAAGGCGCUCUCAGCUAGACCCUCGGCUGAGGAGGAGCUGGCGGAUCUGGCCCUGCCCGUGGACGGGACUGAAGUCCUCUCAGACAUCUUUGGAUUAGAUCUGAGGAGAGGAGAAGGAGGACAGUAUAAGAUAACUGCUCACAACCCCAACGCCAGUCUGACUGAUCUGCUUAACUCUCCGGUCCCCGCCUCUCCUGUCCCCGCUACCUCACCGUCCCCGGAACUGAGAAGAAGGCACCAGGUAAUGGGAGUGGAUGGAGAGAAGCAGGAGGAGGAGGAAAGGAGGAAGGAGGAGGAGAGGAGGAAGGAGGAGGAGAGGAGGAAGGAGGAGAAGAAGAGGAAGGAGGAUAAGCCGAAAGCUAAAGUGAGACAGCACCACACCUCCAAGUCUGAUGAGCAUGACAUGCAGGAGUCUGCCUUCUGGAAGAAAAUCAUCGCCUAUCAGAGGAAGCUGCUGAACUAUUUUGCUCGGAACUUCUACAACAUGAGAAUGCUGGCGUUGUUUGUGGCCUUCGCGAUCAACUUCAUCCUCCUCUUCUACAAGGUGUCAUCCUCCUCAGCAGUGAUGCCUGAAAGCAGAAGGCCCCGGGCAGAGAGCAGUGUGCGGUGGGACCCCGUGAUGGAGGGUAGUGACCCCCAGGAGCCACAAAACCCCCAGCAGGGCCCUGUGUUUGUCCACUUUGUGCUGGAGGAGAGCACCGGAUACAUGGAGCCCACCCUGCGUAUCCUGGCCAUCCUACACACUGUCAUCUCCUUCUGCUGCAUCAUAGGAUACUACUGCCUCAAGGUCCCGUUGGUGAUCUUCAAGCGUGAGAAGGAGGUGGCGAGGAAGCUGGAGUUCGACGGUCUCUACAUCACGGAGCAGCCAUCGGAGGACGACAUUAAAGGCCAGUGGGACAGACUGGUGAUUAACACUGGAUCGUUUCCAAACAACUACUGGGAUAAGUUUGUGAAGAGGAAGGUGAUGGAUAAGUAUGGAGAGUUCUACGGCCAUGACCGCAUUAGUGAGCUGCUGGGUAUGGACAAGGCUGCUCUGGACUUCAGCGACGCCCACGAGAAGAAGAAACCCAAGAAAGACAGCUCGUUAGCCGCAGUAUUAAACUCUGUUGAUGUGAAGUACCAGAUCUGGAAACUAGGAGUCGUCUUCACAGACAAUUCGUUCCUGUACCUGGCUUGGUAUAUGACCAUGUCCAUCCUGGGUCACUAUAACAACUUCUUCUUCGCCGCUCAUCUCCUGGACAUCGCCAUGGGCUUCAAGACCCUCCGUACCAUCCUGUCUUCUGUCACGCACAACGGCAAACAGCUGGUUCUGACAGUAGGACUACUGGCUGUGGUGGUGUACCUCUACACAGUGGUUGCGUUCAACUUCUUCAGGAAGUUCUACAAUAGAGGGGAAGAGGGAGAGACACCGGACAUGAAGUGUGAUGACAUGCUCACAUGUUACAUGUUCCACAUGUACGUGGGCGUGCGGGCAGGAGGUGGCAUCGGUGACCAGAUCGAGGAUCCAGCGGGUGAUGAGUAUGAGAUCUACAGGAUCAUCUUUGACAUCACCUUCUUCUUCUUCGUCAUCGUCAUCCUCCUGGCCAUCAUCCAGGGUCUGAUAAUUGAUGCGUUUGGAGAACUGAGAGACCAGCAGGAGCAGGUGAAGGAGGAUAUGGAGACCAAAUGCUUCAUCUGCGGAAUAGGAAACGACUACUUUGACACAGUACCUCACGGCUUCGAAACCCACACCCUGCAGGAGCACAACUUGGCCAACUAUCUCUUUUUUGUAAUGUAUCUCAUUAACAAAGAUGAAACAGAGCACACAGGCCAGGAGUCAUACGUGUGGAAGAUGUAUCAGGAACGGUGUUGGGAAUUCUUCCCUGCCGGAGACUGUUUCCGUAAACAAUACGAAGACCAGCUCAACUGAUGACUGAAUCACCUGAUCAAUUCAACUGACUACUGAUCAGCUGAUCUAUUGAUCCAGAUGCAGAGACUCGUCCUUUCUAUACUGAUCAAUGUGAAAGAGGGGCUGUUUUCGUCACCUUCCUUUGUCAGCUAGCCCCACGCCGUUUGGAAAUGCUUUCCAGACACUUUACAUAAUAAUAUAAUAACGCUGAUUAUUUAACUGUAUAAUGUCCUUCCUUGGGGUACGUUUGGAACACAAGACUGUGUUCUGACUUUUUUGAGGACUUUUUGAGGACUUAAUGCUUCAUCUAUACAUUUGCUUUUAAUAAUUCCACAUUGAUGACAAGCAAACUAAAUGAUUGGAGGGGAGAUAGGGGGAGGACGCUGAAGAAAAGGAGGAGAGAAAAAAAAGGACUAAAACCAAACUGCUUUUUGGGAUAUCCAUGAGACGUGUUUCUCCAGAGAACACAUGAAUAAAUAAAAAAAAGGCUGUUUUGUUGCUCGUCCUCUAACGCCUCAGGAAUGACAUGGCGUACAGUACUGUACAGUACAUACAGUAGAUGAAGGGCAGGCCCAGCGGAUAGAGGGCUGGACCAAAGGGGGGGGACAUGAUGAGGAAACAGUGCCUUACCAAGCCGGGUCUGAGCAGAGCUAUACAAGCUGGAGAAAUGAGAGGAAUGUUUAGAUGGCAUCAUCAACGCAUCAUGUGGAGACAC